AUGAAAUACCUCCUAUUUUAUCCUUUGACGACAGGAGGUGAGAAAGAUCUCUUUAAGAUGCAGAACCAGACUUUUACGAUCAUCCACCUUCUGGAACCGACAAAUUGCACAAGUUCACUUCUUUCCAGCCCAGUAACAUGCGAAUCUGAUAGCUUGGCUAGUUGGCCAGGCCCCAUUAUCCUCGAUUCGAAUCAGAUACCAAAAGCUGUGCUUCAAGUGACAAAUGAGAAUCGAAACAAUCUCGAUUCAAGCCCAUCUGAUACCACCAGGACAGAGAUCGCUUAUGAGUCAAGUAAUCUGCCCGACAAUGAGCGUGCAACCAAGAAAUCGGAAUCAGACCUGACUCUUAGAAUGGACUCAACAAGCACAGAAGAAGAAUCACUUCAGGAGCUUUCACAACUUGCCUUUCAUUUGUCGGAAGCUGAUUUUACACGCACCUCCACGAUAGGGUCGUCUACAGCGGAUAGUCCCAUGACCACCCAAAUGGCAGCGCUCGAGAGUUAUCAUCUUGCCUCGAAAGGCAGCAACUCAGGACCCUGGCAAACGAGCCAAUUAAAUUCUUCUUGCUUCCCCGAGACUGCUCGUCCCGCCAUGAGUUAUCUCCGGAUGUUGGCCGACAGGCUUGCUCAGGAGGCCCAGUCUGACCCAAGGAGUCUAGGAAACGAAGAGUGCGUACAAAGUGCCGAAUGCUCGGGAGACUUUCCUCAAACUUCCGAAACUUUCUCGAAUUCAGCAUCGCUUGUGAUGAAAAUGAUGACAUUGAUGAGAAUGAUGAUGACGACCCCGACAAAGAAUAACACUCUCGCUGGACAAACGACCCUGAACGCAGCCCAUUUAGACCCGAAGGAUGUGGACAUACAGCAAAAGGCUGAUGUAAACUCUAUGGGAUCAGAAGAAAAGGUGAAAGAGUUAAGUGCGUCCGAAUGGAACAAGGAUUCUCCACAAUUCUAUCAAGAGGCCUUUAUACGUUUGCUGGCUGCUGCGAGCGAGAAGUGUCUUCCUGGCUUUUCUAUGCAUCGGACCAACACUGAGCUGGCCGGCCCUCGUCAAAUGUUUGUGGAUCUAGCCAAUAGGCCUCUGGGGGCUUCAGACACCAUUGGUACCCAGACUGGCGGCUGGAGAAAUUCAGGACUGGAGAUGAUGACAUUUGGUGGGCUGGAUCCAAACUGGGAUAGACGACGUGAUCAUGCAUAUUACGGACUACCAGGAACUGACAACUGUGGUUGGGCUAGUUCAGGAGCAUUUGAUGAGGAGGCCGAUUCCCAGAUGGGUGUCAACGGAGCAUACCACAGGUCAUCCGGUUGUCAUGAGGAAGAAAGUAAGUCAAAAGAUAAGAAUAGUAUUCACCCUAUUUCGUUUAAGUUGAUGGACUGA